GCUAGCGAUGCCCACUUUCAGGCCUAUCUCCUGGAAGGCCUGAUGCGGUGGAAUGAAGACCGAAUGGAGGAGGCAGUAAAGGGACAAUCCACUCUGAGGAGCUAUGGCAGUGCUCUGAGGGAGGCUGUGGACCAACUCAGCCGCAGGGUUCUGGGGAAGCCCUUGGAUGAGCGCUAUCACCCUCCUGGGGUUUACACAGGCAAGAAUCAAAUUCAAACAAUAAAUAUUAUUACCAGUAUUAAAAUGUAUUAUAAAUUCUGUUCUCAUUAAAAUAAAAAUUUUCUUUUUCAGGUGAAUUGCUGGGUAUUGAAUAUCUGUACAGCCAGACCGGAAGAACACUGACUGUGAUUGAGAACCCAGCUGAGGAGGACAGGCUGGUUGACCAGAUCAAUGAUGAGGAGGUGCAGGAUGAGGGCUUUGUGGAGGAAGACACUGAGGACAUCACACUGCCAGUGUUGUCUGGGGAUGACUCCUCCUGCUCUCCCUGGACCAGUCCACCUCAGGCCUCUCCCCUUCAGACUCCUGCAACACCAUCCUUCUCACCGCAGCCAUCCACAUCUCGUGAUGGAGAUGGGCAUCCUCCUCCUCCUCCUGUCACAGUCUCAGGGCUGUCACAACAACCACCUCAGGCUCCAGACCAGCUGGCUGCAUCCUCUGGCCCUGCACCAUCUACAGAUAGCAGUGCAACAGACCAGGCUCAAGUUAGUAUAGCUUUAUCAGAAUAAUUUAUGCUCUAAAUUAUGACAUUUUGUAUAUAUUAAUGAAUAUAUUUUGUAGGCACCAGUUCUUGGGCCCGAUGGUGUUGCUGGCUGGGACAAAGUUCAGAAUUUGGCUGGAUAUUUGGUGGACCUCCGUCAAGCCCCUUACUUGGAUGAGCAGCAGGUGAGAGAGGUUAUCCGCCUCUGGAGUGCUCUUCCUGCUGGAGACAAGGCCAGGAUCCAGUAUCAGCCCAGACAUCAGGCCAAGCUCACACAGGGCCGCUUCAAGGCCCCUAAAGGCACCAGAGUGACCCCAGGGGUGGAGAGCGUGAAGAGGUGCUUGAUCGGCCACCCAGGCGGGCCAGCUCAGUGGCCCAACACCAGCCGCUUGGUCGAGGCCAUGUGCAUUAAGCUAUGUGAAGUGCACAAGUCCCCGAGUAAGAAGGCUGGUGUCCGCAUUCCUCGAUGGACCAAAAUCUUGGAAGACUACCAUCACAUCAGAGAACUGGUGCUGAGCAGUCGACCGCUGAUGGAUGAUACGUCAAUCCAGCUUUUUGAGCUCAACCAAAGGACACUCAUUCAGUGGUUUCAACGGCGGCAGAACACCCAGGAGAUGAGUGUUCUCACACAAGGCCUGGCUGCAGAGGACCGCAUCCCUGUAGCCACCACACAGCUCCCUCCUGCCCAGGAGAGGUUAGAGGAGGCUCCCACAACAUCUGGGCCACAGCAUGAGUUUGUGCUCCCUCCAAACAGGGAGGGACAGGCUCCUCACCUGCGGCCAGGCAGACGACCUGGUAGUGUCACAGCAGUGCGCCCUAUCACUCCUGCACCAGCAGCUCCUCCUACACUGCCUGCUCUCGAGCCAUUGUCAGGGUUCUUAAUUGUGAACCCGCUUGUAAUGGGAUCUGGUGCAGGUACUUCUGCAGUUGUGCCCCCUGCAGGUCCAGUUGUUGCUGCUCCCAUUGCCCCUGUGUCUGUGUCUCGCUUUACAGAGAGAAACAGGCGGCGCAGGGCUAAAGAGGAGGCCGCUGGAACCUACAAAAGAAAAUAUGUUCGUGGUGUGCCAUUUAACACGUGCAGUAAGUGUGGGCAACCCAAAACAAAGGAUUUUGGCCACAGCCGCUACGGAAAUGCCACUUUUUGCCCCCUUGCCUCUGAUGGUAAAUCUCUGGAGGAGUGGCUGGCAGAACAGCGCCAGCACAAGAAGCCAGGAAACCCACUGCCAUAGUGCAGAGGUGGACACUCACCCCCUGCCUGUAAAUACUGUAUAUUAUACUAUGUAAAUAAUCUAUUAUAUCUACCACAAGAGUUGUACAGCCCAAUCUAUCUAAUUAAUAAUAUAAUGCGUCUAUUGUAAAUAAUUGUAAAUACUUACCAUUUUCUUAGUGUUUGUAAAUAUUUGUAAUCUUUAGCUUGAUAGACAUCCAUUUUAUUCUUUGUUCAAUGUUGCUGUAUUUGUUUAUAGUUUAUAUUGUAUAUUAUUGCAUACUUACCUAGUUAUUCCCAAUGCCUCUGUCAUAUUUGUUAUAUUUGCUUGUUUAUUUCCCACCCUUUCAUAUUGUCCUGUCUGUAUAUAUUGUGUGUGUUUGCAUAUAGUUAUUAAAAUUCUUAUUUUGAAAACCUUUAAGAUAUAUGUUUAUUAUUUGAAGGAGAAUCAUUUAUUAUUUUUUUCACAUUAUCUGUUUUAAUUGCACAUGUAAUAAGAAUAAUAUCUGUUAUUUACAGACAGCAUGACUAAACAAAGCUUAAGAAGUUUUUUGCUUUCUCAGUCCUUAAAUAAGCAGUAUAUUGUAAAAAAAAAAAAAAAAAAAACCAUUGAUAUAUUCAAAAACUAUUUUUAAAUUAU